UUAAACUGACAGUUGUCAAUUGAUUGUCAGUUUAUAAAAUUGUGGUAUUUUGCGUUAGUCUACUACAUUAAUAAAUGAAGUUAAAUAAAUAAUACUUGAUUAUCUAAUCCAUAAUAAGCAAUUAAUUAGGCCCCAUUUAAAAAUAAAACUAUGCCAGAUCAGCAUCCUAGAAAUAUCAUAGAAAAAUUCUUCAACACCGUCAGUGAUGUAUUGGAGGCUCCAGUAGUAUGGGUUAGAGAAAAGAUAGUUGUUCCCAAUCAACAAAAGUACCCAUGGUAUCAUCAGAAGUUCCGCAGAGUCCCAACAAUUGAUGAAUGUUAUACAGAUGAUCCUAUUUGCUAUUUUGAAGCUGAUGCGCAAUAUAGAAGAGACAGAAAAGUCGACAGUGAAAUUCUGAGUAUCUUAAGACGACGUUUUGAAGAUUGUGUUCUCUACGAAGCUCCUGAUGACGCAGAAAAAUGUAAACCCCUUCUUGAUACCCUGAAUGAAGCUACUACCAAUUGGUUUAUAAAGUAUGGAGAUUUGGGAGGAUAUCAUAAUGUUAAAGCUGCUUAUAUGAAACAGAAACAUCGCCUCAUUUGGGAACGUAGGCAGAAGGCAAAGGAAAACGCAGGUGGCAUAUGUUAGAAACUAAUUGAAUUCAAUUGUACCAUAAAUUUGAAUGUAGCUUUGUUGUUUAAUAGUAGUUUUACAGUAAUAAAAUUUAACUAUUAA